GCCGGCUAUUUUCAUUUUCUCAUAGGUGAGACCCCGCUGGGCACUUCCCGCCUCCCGGGGUGGGGGCGGCACCUGGAGGAACAUCGCUCGAGGGGAGGCGCAGGUGUGUAGGCCAAUGAGGGAGGGCCUGGGCCCAGGGCCUCACGGAGUCAGACCUGUUCUGGGAAGAGCACCAAGUUGUCCCUCCCAAGCUGGUCAAGCCCCACUGAUGAUGGAUGAGAGGGAGGAGGAUGCCGAUGAGGAAGCCUGGCUGCAGCUUCGGCCGGUGGAGCCCUUGCCCUCCCAAUGCUGUGGCAGUGGCUGCUCACCUUGCGUGUUUGACCUCUAUCACCGGGAGCUGGCAAGGUGGGAGGCAGCCCGAGCCAGCAAGGACAGGAGCCUGCUCAGUGGGGAGGAGUCCCAGAGCUGCCCGUCCAAGCUGAGCCCAGAGACCUUCCUGGCCUUCUGCAUCAGUGCCGUGGACAGACUCACCGAGGACACUUACCAUGUUCGGUUUGCACUACCCAGGAACUGCCAGUUCAGCCUGCGGCCUGGCCAGCACCUCAUCCUACGAGGGAAGGUGGAUGGCUUAGAAAUUCAGAGAGCCUAUACGCCCAUCAGCCCUGCCAACGCAGAAGGAUACUUUGAAGUUUUAAUCAAGUGCUACCCGACUGGGCUGAUGUCCCGGUACGUCAAGUCCUGGGGCACAGGACACACAGCUUUCUGGCGAGGACCUUUCGGCGAUUUCUUCUAUAAAGCAAACCAGCUACAAAACCAUGGAGACCACUCUCUUAAAUACACGCCAUAGCUCUCUGCUCGGGAGCCCACUGCUCCCCAGCCCGAAGGCUCUUCCCCUCAUCCUCCUGGCAUGUUCAUCUCCUUCCCUGAUGUGCCUGGGAAGAAUUAGCAACUUCUCAUCAGUUGGUGCAUAUCUGGAUGGCAGCUUGGCAGUGUGUACCAAGAGUCUUAAGAAUCUCCAAAUCCUGUGACCCAGUAAUUCCGCUCCUGGAAGGCUGUCUUAUGGAAAGCAUCCAAAUGCUGCCUCUUGUGCACAUGUUCGUGGAGGCUUUACUUGUAAUAGCAGGAAAUUGGAGGAAACUGAAUAUCCAGCCGCAGGGGAACAGUUAAGUGCACUGGGUUACAGGUACUUGAUAGAAUAUUAUCCUGGAUUUUAAAAUUAUGUUUAUAAAUGAUGUUAUAUGCUUAUGCUGUAAGCAUAUAACAAAACUGAAUAUACAACAGGUUGGGAAACCAAGUUUAAAUGCACAGAAAAUAUAUGAAAAGAAAAUGCAAUGCGGGCGCCUGGGUGUCUCAGUCGUUAAGCGUCUGCCUUCGGCUCAGGUCAUGAUCCCAGGGUCCUGGGACCGAGUCCCACAUUGGGCUCCCUGCCCGGUAGGGAGUCUCCUUCUCCCUCUCCCACUCCCCCUGCUUGUGUUCCUGCUCUCGCUAUCUCUCUCUCUGUCAAAUAAAUAAAAUCUUAAAAAAAAAAAAAAAAAAAAAAGAAAAUGCAAUGCAAUGUCAGUGGCUCUGGGUGGUAGAAUUAUGGGUGAUUUUUGUUUUCUUCAUUAUACCUUCCAAGUCAUCCACAAUGAGCACCUAUUACUUUUAUAAUUAGGAAACAAAGCAAAAGAAAAGCAAAUGAAAAAGAAUGAAUCAUUCCUUUCUCCCCAUUAUUUUUGUUUAAUAUAAAAAUAGUUUUAUUGGUUUUUUCCUUAUUACAAAUACGGUACAUUUACAUUACCAAAAAAAAAAAAAAUCAGAUUUAGAGAGGCAAAAGAAGAAAUGAAAGCACACGUGUAGGCCAUCUACCCAGUGCUCCCAGUCCUACCCGACUGGGCUGAUGUCCCGGUACGUCAAGUCCUGGGGCACAGGACACACAGCUUUCUGGUAAGGACCUUUUGGUGACACCAGUCUCACUGCCUUGGCAGAGAACUUUCCAGCUCCCCUUCCACACACAGGUGAGACACCCGUGUACACACCCAUGGACAUGUGUGUAACAAUGCACGCACCCACCACCAUACUAUUGUUACACUAUGAGACACGUGUGUGGUGCUGCGUACCUGGGCCAGGCUCUGAUGUUCACACUUGCCAAGCUAAAAUUUUAUUUUCUCCUCACCACAGCUCUUGGGUCUGCUACCCCUGCUUUACAGACGUGUAGGGUGUGUAGGUUGUAAUACUCUUCAGCAGCGUGCUCCUAAUGUCAACCUUGCUUAGGCUUGCAUUUUAGCUGAGGGUGUCCCCGUGUCCCCCAGGCCCUUGAGAGCAGGGACCGAAUUGUCCCUGUUUCCCCCUGACCUAGAGGGGACACCUGAUGCACAUUGUCUUGACUGCCCCUUCUGGGUGGGGCCUCCCUGCAUCCACAGAACCCCCCCUGCAGAGCCCCUGCAUUUCCCAUCCCGGGAGGUUGUAGGGCCAGGCAGUGAGGGAGAAGAGAUGGCAUCUCACACAGAAACAUUUGGCUGCUGGGACGGGCUGAGGCGUGGUUCUGCGCAGGGCUGCUCUGGCCCUCUCCCUGGCCCUGUUUUGCUGCUCUGCAGGCGUCUUCAUUGUAGAUGGAUUUUGUGGCUGCCGUGAGGCUGGCGUGUGAGCAUCUGUGCGUUCCUUCCAGACAUUCGCAGGUCUCCAUGUGGGGCCACACAUGGGGCGGACAAGGCCCUGUCCUCCAGAAGCUCACCGUGUGAUGGGGGACAGACGCCCACACAAAUGGUAGCAAUACGGCGUGACCGGUGUCGUGAGGAGGGGGCACAGAGGACUGUGGGGAUGCAGAGGAAGGACCCCUCACAUGCUAUUGGCUCGGGGAAGACUGUCCAGAAGAGACUGCAAGUGGUGGUGGGAGAAAGAGGAGGAGCGCGCACAUUGGGGACCAGGAGGCUGGGGACACGCACACAGGACAGGGUGUUGCAGCCAGCAGCAGGGCUCAGUGAGGGAAGGAGUCGAACUGUGUGGAGCACCAGGAUUCGCACCAUGCAUCUUGAUGGCAUCUCGUUUAAUCCCCACGACAAUUCUGAGGCACAUUGGGGGAGGGGCUGUUAUUUUUUUUACCCGUGAGGAAACCAAGGC